UUAACCUUUUUUGAAGGACGCAGCAGCUGUAUUUAUUGACGUAUGCAAAUUAAUUCAGGGGUGGUUCUCGUGAGAAAAAAACAGGAACAAGAAUCAGUUUCACAUUGUAGUUCGGAGUUGCUGGGUGAAGGAAAGGAAAACGAUACGUGGCGAAUAUUGGUGAAUGUCGGUGUCCUCCACGUGUAUUUCCCGCAUAGCCUACAUCUGAGUGGAGCGCUGGCGUCCGAAAGGCUCAGCAAACCAUGCAGGAUGAUUUACUGAUGGACAAAAACAAAGCCCAACCUCAUCAGCAGCAAGAUCCAACCGUAGAACCUCCCUCCACUCCGACCCCCUCGGAACCCCCUACAUCAGAGGAGAGCCCAUCAAGUGUGAGCAACCAAGCAUCUUCAGCUCUCAACAAAGAGAAAGUGCUGAUGGAGUCUCCGAUCCUGCCGGGUUUAAAUUUUCAUCAGCCGCAGGAAACCGGUGGCACCCUGUCCCCCUCAUUUGGUAGCACUUGGUCCACUGGAACCACAAACACCGUGGACGACAAUUUUUUUCAAGGAAUACCUUCGGUGAACGGAACAAUGCUUUUCCAGAACUUCCCCCAUCACGUCAAUCCGGUAUUUGGAGGCAAUUUCUCACCUCAGCUUGGCUUGGCACAGUCUCAGCAGCAAGCCCAGCAACAGCAGCAGCCUCCGCCGCAGCAACGGAGAUCCCCUGUUAGCCCCAACCAAGGUCCUUUUCCACAAAGAAACACAUACAGUCACCAGUCUGUCAUGAAUAGCAAGGCUUCUUCACCUGCCUCAUCUUCGGGUUGGAAUAAUCACCAAAAUGCCGCUUGGAGCACAGCCUCCAAUCCUUGGAGCGGUCUCCAGGCAGGCAGGGACCCGCGGAGAGCUGUGGGAGUCGGGGUUGGCGUGGGGGUCGGUGUAGGGGUGCCGUCUUCCAUGAACCCCAUCUCCCCGAUGAAAAAGCCAUAUUCCAGCAAUGUUAUAGCACCCCCAAAAUUCCCGAGAGCUGGUCCCCUCACCCCGAAAUCUUGGAUGGAGGACAACGCCUUUAGGACGGACAACAGCAACAAUAUGUUGCCUUUUCAGGACCGGAAUCGGCCCUUUGAUGCAUUUAGCUUGCACUCUUUGGAGAAUUCCUUAAUGGAUAUGAUAAGGACUGACCAUGACAAAGGUAAACCACACCCAGCUGGUGGCCCACCAAUGACUAUCGCUGAUAUUAUAUGGAGGAAUCAUUUUGCAGGACGCAUGGGUCUGAACUUUCACCACCCCGGAGCAGAUCACAUCAUGCCAUUGAACACCAGGAGCUAUGGCCGCAGAAGAGGUCGCUCUUCACUCUUUCCGUUCGAGGACGGUUUCCUGGACGACGGGCACGGUGACCCCUCUCUGACCCCGGGGUUGAACUCGCCCACGCGCUGUCAAAACGGAGAGAGGAUGGAGCGCUACUCCAGGAAGGUGUUCGUCGGAGGCCUCCCCCCUGACAUAGAUGAAGACGAGAUCACCAACAGCUUCCGUCGCUAUGGACACCUGGUGGUGGAUUGGCCCCACAAAGCCGAGAGCAAGUCCUACUUUCCACCUAAAGGCUAUGCCUUCUUGCUGUUCCAAGAGGAGACCUCUGUCCAGGCCCUGAUUGACGCCUGCAUCGAGGAGGACGGGAAGCUUUACCUUUGUGUCUCCAGCCCCACUAUCAAGGACAAACCAGUCCAAAUCCGCCCCUGGAACCUGAGUGACAGUGACUUUGUGAUGGAUGGCUCCCAACCGCUGGACCCCCGCAAGACUAUAUUUGUGGGGGGUGUGCCCCGGCCUCUACGCGCAGUGGAACUAGCUAUGAUCAUGGACAGGCUGUAUGGGGGUGUGUGCUAUGCCGGCAUUGACACUGACCCGGAGCUCAAGUACCCCAAGGGGGCGGGCCGUGUGGCCUUCUCCAAUCAGCAGAGCUACAUCGCCGCCAUCAGCGCCCGAUUUGUUCAGUUGCAGCACAACGACAUUGACAAACGGGUGGAGGUGAAGCCGUACGUCUUGGACGAUCAGAUGUGUGACGAGUGCCAGGGGGCGCGCUGUGGGGGGAAGUUUGCCCCCUUCUUCUGUGCCAACGUCACCUGCCUGCAGUACUACUGUGAGUACUGCUGGGCCAGUAUCCACUCCCGGGCGGGCCGAGAGUUCCACAAGCCACUGGUGAAGGAGGGGGGCGACCGCCCUCGACACGUGUCCUUCCGCUGGAGCUGAGGGGGUCGAGAUAAGCCCUGCCCCGCGGCCCCACCCCCAACACCCCCUCAACCCCCUUAACCGGGACAGCGCUACACCCCCCCCUCACCCUGCUCUGCACCCCCUCCCCAGCACCUCAACAUCAGUGAAGAGGAUAACUACAAAUACAUGGGUCUUUCUUUUUCAAACUACACCGCUUGAUUACGAACUCAUUGUCCAGUGUACCCUUAUGAUGACAAUAGGGUGAAGAGAAAAAAAUGAAUCGCAAAAGUCUAUCUGCUUAGAAUUUGCACUUUGGCUCAAAACUCACUAAACACACAUGGGAUGUUAGCAAAAAACAUAUUGUGUUCAAGUCCCCUGUUCCAUGACUUGGUGGGUCAGGGUCUCCUGAUUAUACAGUUACAGUACAUAUAUAUUUAAAAAGUAUAUAUAUAUAUUUUUGUUUUAAAUAUAUCUAUCUAACAUAUAAAGAUAAUUAAAUUCUAUGGGAAAGGAGCAUGCACUUAUUUAAAAAAUGUUUUAGGAUAUCGCCCCUUAUAUUACCAAAGGCAAAAGUGAAAUCCAUGCAUUCAGAAAAACUAAAUAGGUGGCAUAAGAUGUAGCAAGACUAAACAAUUAUCCAGUAGUCUGGGCCAUAGAAGCCCAGAUAAAAAAAUUUUGGGGGAAAACAUGGCUAUAUUUGCUCUCCAUUUUGACUCUGAAAAUAGUAAAAUUAAUACCUCAUAAGACGCAAUCAGAUUUUGUUUUGCUUUUGAUUUGUAGGUCUUUAUUUUUUAAAUAUUUUUUUUAGGACUUUAUUUUCUAGUGUUAUGUUGAUGUAAUGCUGCAAUAGCUUUUGCUGCUGAAUAGUACUUUAUUCAGGCUAGGGUGUUAUAACAACUAUGAUGUCACCUGGUGUUAAGGAUGAUGACAGGCUAUCAUAGGGAGAGGGGCGUCCCUUAUGAUGCCUAGUAUGAUGUGGGGUAAAGGA